AUGUUUGAGGCUAGAAACCAUUGGAUCCCAGCCUAUUUUAGAGAUGACUUUAUGGGGGGUCUACUCAGGACAACGUCUCGUUCCGAAAGUGAGAACUACACGUACAGCCGUUUUACUGGCCCACAGUCUAGCCUAGUUGAAUUCAUGAUGAACUUUGACAGUGCUCUUAAAUCACAACGUAACACAAACGCAAAGCACAACAGUGACAAUGAAGGCUACAAUCCAGAUAUGAAGACGCCUCUGGGGAUCGAAAAACACGCUUCAAUCAUCUACACCAUUACUGUUUUCUAUCAAGUUCAGGAAGAAAUAUGUGCCUCCUGUUUGAAAUGUAUGGUUUUCAGUGUUAGAGAAGACGGUGGAAUUUGCAAGAUGUUUGAGAUGGUUGGACUGUUGUGUAGACACAUAUUUGUGGUCUUUAGAGACCUUGAAAAGAUCCCUUUGAGGUAUGUGGUUAAUCGAUGGACUAAGGAUGCAUCUUUAAAGGCUACAUUUGAAAUAGAUGGUGUCAUUUAUGAUCAGAAUGGACCAAAGGAUGAAAAGAAGAUGAUGCUGAACAAACUGUGGGCAGAUGUACACUGUUGUAUUGAUCUAGCAGGUUCAAACAUGGAGCAAUUGGCUGCAUUUUCACAAGUGAUUAAUGAACAGAAACGGCUGCUAAUGUCAGGAAAGGAAAAGUUAUCCCCUCAGCACAGCAGGAAGACUGUUAUAGAAUACUUUUGUAGAUCAACAGAGAUUUCAGAGAUCAAUAUACUUCCACCGAAACAUGCAAAGAACAAGGGCAGCAGCAAACGUAUCAAAAGCAGCAAGGAGUUGGCAAUGGAAAAAGAAAAGGGCAGGAGGUGCAAUUUUUGUGGUGUUAGAGGAGAUCAACAUGACACCAGGACUUGCCCACUUAACCCCAAAAAUAAGGACAAGCAAAAGGGUAAGAAAAAGGCAUAG